ACAACCAAGAUGGCACCCGGCCCCGCCCCCUAGCUUCUGUCCGCUGGCCCAGCGCUCCGGCCUGUGGCCGCUUGCGCAUCACACACUAUUCCUGAUAGCUGAGCCCCUGGGAACCCCACGACUCGCCCUCGUGGGUGCCCCUGUCCCUUUUCCCGCACCCAGGCGGCCAUCCUGCUUGGAAGGAGCUCCCGAGAUGGUGCGGUGGGUUGUUCCCGAGUCGGGCAGCGCGAGGCCUCCACGAGAGGGAGGAGGAAGGAGCCGGCUUCCCCAUCCUGGUCACUCGGUCCAGGGAGAGUAAUAACCAUCGCAACGAUCAUUGCACCCGACGGCCGAGCUUCAGUGAACGGAGGGAAUUCGGGCCCAGAAGGUCUGGAGGAUUUAUCAGCCGAAGCAGGCCUCCAGGAUCUAAAUGGGAACCCCAAAACAGCCUUUGCUGGCUCCAGCACACGCUCUAGGCGUGAGGAAGUCCGAUCUCGGAAUCCGGAGCCUGGGGAGCGACGCGGGAGGAAGGCGGUGGAGACCAGCAGCCCAGAGUAUGUUCCAGAUCCCAGAGUUUGAGCCGAGUGAGCAGGAAGACUCCAGUACUGCAAAUAGGGGCCUGGGCCCUAGCCUCACUGGGGACCAGCCAGGUCUCUGCCUGGCCCCAGGUCUCCUGGGGAGCAUCGGACACCAACGUGGACAGGCAGUCAACAGCAGUCAUCAUGGAGGCGCUGGAGCAAUGGAGAUCCGGAGUCGCCACAGUUCGUACUCCGCGGGGACCGAGGAGGAUGAAGGGAUGGAGGAGGAGCUCAGCCCCUUUCGGGGCCGCUCGCGUUCGGCUCCCCCCAACCUCUGGGCCGCGCAGCGGUACGGCCGUGAGCUCCGAAGGAUGAGCGAUGAGUUUGAGGGUUCCUUCAAGGGACUUCCUCGCCCAAAGAGCGCUGGGACUGCCACACAGAUGAGACAAAGCGCUAGCUGGACGCGCAUUAUCCAGUCCUGGUGGGAUCGAAACUUGGGCAAAGGAGGCUCCACCCCCUCCCAGUGAUCUGCUCCACAUUCCCGGAACUGUACCAGCUCUUGUCACCCGCCAUGUUGGGUGUGGGCGGAAGUCCGAGGCCUUGGGGAUAAAAAGAGGAUUACUGUGUCCCUUCAACAGGGUGAAGAGCUGGCGAACAGCUCGAGUCGCCUCCGGUGCGUGCAAUAGCCACGAAGUGGUGGUUCUCGUUGGAAAUUGUAAAGUUUCCGCACCACCCCCCCCCCCAGCUUCCGGAAGUGGCAACUUUUCCCCUCUCCGGUAACAGGCCGCCCUCAGGCGCCUGCGCUAAAUUACGAGCCGGGGUAAACCGUGACUCGGCUGCAGCCCUAUCAUGCAAAUGAUCGCAACAAAUGUGCUUUAUAAUAAAGCCCCGCCUGUGCUGUCGCGUCUGUCUUUCGU